AUGCUUAUUGGACUCCAUAACUCUGCGAACCCCGUCGUCGGACUCUCCACUUCGGCGCCAAUCAAGAAGUCCAAGUCACAAGCGCUCUAUGCGCACCUGCCUCGAGGCAGCCUCGUCUUGGUCUCACCCGCCAUGGCGUCUAAUCAGAGCGAAAACAACGCUGGCUUUUCCUCUGCCCCUAAGCCUGAUCGCCAGUGUGAACGAUUCGCCUCUACAGAGGGUGAUGUCGUCGUGUUCCGCUCCAUCGAUCACGUCCUGUUCAACAUUCACCGCGUAAAUCUGCGCGUAAAUACAACGGGUCCCUUUGCCGAGGACUUUCCCUCCCCGAAGGGCGACGUCGCCGACCUGACCGAGGACGCGAAGACGCUGGAGCUACUCUUCCGAUUCAUAUAUUCCGAACGUCAUCCGACGCUGGCAGACCUACCAUUCGACGAGCUUCUCUGCCUCGCCGAAGCUGCGGAGAAGUACGGUGUAGCGCCGGCAAUGAACCUGUGCUACGUGCGCUUGACGCUCAUAUACAAGGAUAAACCCUUCGAAAUCUUGGUGUACGCGCACAAGCAUGCCUACACUGACCUUCUCGAUAUGUGCGCACCACACACGCUUGGUACGCCUGUUGAGAAAGUGCGCACACUCCUUCCUGCAUCUUUGUUCUUGGCCUGGGUUUGCUACAAUGAUCCCUGGUAUAGGAUAAUUACCCGCGAAACCACGGAGCAGCUCUUCAACUGUAGCUGCAAGUCUAGCACCGGAGCGGCGCAGCGAACUCUCAGCACAUUGAUUGCGCAAGGCCCGCCAGCCUUCCUCGGCUUGACUAGCCUGUCAGCCAAGCUGCGCACCGCCUCGGAAUGCACAAAUUCCUCGAGAUAUAACUGUUCGUUUUGGCUCAAUAUCUGGGCGCGUGAAUUAGAUGUAAAGUUGAAGGCCCUUCCACCUCUAUCAAGCUUCUUGAGGCCGACGGCUGCUUCGUAG